AUGCUAGGGGACAAUUGCGGAUCUAGUUAUCUCAACGAUGGCUACAAAGAUAUGUUGCUCAAUCGACUCCAGGACGAGGAUUAUCUCCUCAAAAAUGGCGAAACGCUCGAAGCAAUUGUCAAUCGAUUGAUUCCAGACUUCGAGAACGAAUACAAGAGACGAGUCAAUGUCAUGAAACUACCUGGCCACAGGGUGAGUGACUAUGAAGAUAUAUCCGGACCCCUCCUCACGCGUAUCUCGGCAUUGUUGGAAAAUCAAAUUGAACAAGCCGUGGCAAAAGACCUUGUGGUAAAGGUAUGCGUCAAAAUUAUCAGAUGCAUGAAACUUACUGAGUGUUCAAAGAAAGUGUUUCUCGUGGCCGUGGCAUCCGGCGCCGUUCUUCGUGCUUUAGAUAAGAAAAAUGGACCAGAGAGAAUUUCACAGUCAAGUUAUGGCUUUCUCCGUCGUGAGCCAUGGCAGCCUAAAGUCUAUCCUGGACACGAGAGAGCGAAAGCCAAGGAAAGCGAAUUGGAUGGCGAGAAAUAUGUAGCCACGAUUGAUUAUUUCAUGAUUAAGGGUAAACCUGUUCGUCCAGAUCAUCAAUUCCCAUCAUUCCCCACCUAUCACACCUUUGCAAUCGACGCAGAAAGAUUCCUGUGCGAAGAACUUCUUUACGUUUCCGACACCGCGACAGAAUCUCACUGCAGCCGGAGAAAUAUUAAAAAUGCCGACGCACAAAUCACCGGCCGCAUCAUCGUAGACAUGACAUUUCUCCGCGAUAAAAAUAUUAUCAAGCCUGUGUUUCCGGAAGAAGUUAGUAGUGGGAUGAAACAUUAUAGAGUGGAUUAUGAAUUGGUGGCGAUUGUUGAGGGGAGGGCUCUCAGAUAUGAAGCGAGGUCUCUGGCAGGGGAGGGUGGGAAGGUUUGGGGGAAUGGUCGGUUUAGUAUUGCGGCUGCUUUUAGGGAGGGGACUGCUUAG